GGGUUUUUAGUCCCCAAGUGCACCCCCAGGGCUCAGUUGCUCAAGAGCAGCUGUGCAAUUCAGAACAUGGAGAAUUAUCUCUUGUCUCUGAAGAGCGCUGUGGCUUGUGGGCUGAGCUCCAGCUGCAGUGGCUGGGUGACGGAUACCAUCUUCAUCUUCCUGUGUGGGUGGGGGCUCUACUUCCUGCUACUUGCCUGCCUCCGCCGUACUCCAUCCUUACCACCACCUCAGAGGGACAGAAACUCCAGGAAGGAAAGAACAGAUCCUCGUGAUCCUGGUGACAAGCCAGGCCAGAAGGGGUGUGAGUGGGCACUAGGAUUUCUCUCUGAAGAUGUCAGACCAUGGGACCAGCAUCAAAAGGAGCUGAAAGGGAGGGAUAGAAGCAGAAAGAAACAUCGAGUUUUGAAAGCUUGCCAAGAUUUCCUACAAGAACUGGAAGAGGCUCGAGAGCCUAUUUUACUUCUGCAACGCCACCUCAGGAUUCAUCCUGAAAAUGGCAGCAGCCAUCACCCCUUAUGUGAAGACCCCUUGGGUGAUGUGUGGAAUGCAGGACCUGCCAGAACCCACAAUCCUCGAGGGAAGUGUGUGGAAGAUGCUACUCCUGCUGUAUCCCUGCCUGCUUCUCCGACCAAGCACUCCUUACCUCUGGCCUCCACCCACUCACCAGGAUCCAUGUUUUCAUCAGUCUCUGAUAGUUCAGAGUCAUACCUGACUGCCUCAGAGCCAUCAGACACUCCCCUUACCCUGGAGAGCCUUUGGCCCCAUCCACCUGCUUCUUCACCUCACUCCUCAGUGUCCCCUGGUUCAGAGGCUUGGCCUCCAUCUCUGAUGGCCUCUGAUGGCUGCCCAUCUCCAGACUCCAGCCUGACUCUUCCUCCUUGUGACUCAGUGGCACUGCCAAUGGGCACUGCCCCAUACAUUUGUCCACACGCCCCUUGGCCACCUUCUCCCGUGCGAACCAUCACAGGCUUAGGACGCUCAACCCGUCCUCAUUUAUCCCUGUCCUGGUGGGAUUCGAGGGCUGUCAAAGCCUUGAGACUUUCAGACUCAUCACAUCCUGAGUCCCUGAGAGGGUGCCUUCACAGCCCCCCACCAGGGGCCACAUUCUGGGGAGACACUAGAAACCACCAGGUGGAGGCUGGUAGUGCCACAUUCAUCAGCCCUGACCUUCAGAAGUUGGAGGUGCUAAUUCACAAGAGAGUGCAGGUGAAAGUUUGGAAGGUGAGAAAAGAGGCAGAGGAGUCAGACAGUCACCUAAAUUUUGGGGGGAAUAUAUUCCAGUCACUGGAUGACAUAAAGGAUGUCAUAAGUGGCCCACCAUUCUGGAGCAUGAAAGAGAGAUCAGAGCAGCUGCUGGGUGCUAGAAAGUCGUGUCCUGAGAUUUUGGGGGCCCUUACAGAGGAAAUGUGGUCAGCUCCUUUGGCAUCUCCUGGAUCUACACCAUGAGUCCCUCAAAUCCCCUGUCAGGGUCUCUGGAUCCCCAGAGUACCUUUCCUCUGUCCUGGUGGGACAACACCCUAAUGUUUUACCUGUGCAAAUUAAAGAAGAAACAGGAGGAGCUUCAGAUAUUUCACUGCCCCCGCCCUUGCUCCUGUUCCCUGUGUUCUAACCCCAACACUUAACUCUUUCUGGAACCCAAUCAUAGGCUGCACCUCAGGCUCAUGUGGAGACCCAGGCCCUCCCCACACCCUCCUCUCCAAUCCUACCAACUUCACAACCAGCCCAGAGUGGCUACUGUGGGGUAUCUAGCCUUGCUGCCCGUAAUAUUUCACCCUUCUUCAUACCAAUGGCAAUUCAAACGUGCAAUGUCACCACUUGCAGAAGCAGCUAGAAAUCGGGACUUCAGCUCCUGUGCAUAAAAACAUCAUAGAAUCCACCAGCAAAGUAACCCCCUAAAGCUCCCAGGACUUUUGGGAAUCCCAAGCCUGACGGUCAUUGUCAAAAGAAGGGUAAUGAGGCCCUUGCCCAGGUGCCCCCAGAAGACCCCUCCAAGCCCGUUUGGUCAGGAAGUUCAGGCAGAUUCCAGAAGGUCAGGUCCCCCGGGGUGGUCAUCUCUCCAAGCUGGGGACCAGCCAUGCCUUGUACCUGCCCAGAGAGUCCGGGGCUUGUAAGGAGCAAGGGGCUU